CGGCGGAGAUGGAUCGUCGGGGUUUCAACCAGUGUCUCGUGACUUCUCUGAAAAGAGAAAAAGAGAAAAAAAGGGAGUGAAGGAGAGAGGCAUGGCAGCUCCCGUCUCCCUCUUCCUCGUAGUAGUUUCUCGGUUCCCCUCUUGAAAAAUGUCACCAUUCAUAAAUCCGAUCGACCUGCCGAACAAUGCGGCAAUUAAUCGCGAUUAAAGUUUCAUUCGUUGGACGCACACGUUCUCUCUCUCUCUUUCCCUCCUCCCUCCGUCUGUCUCUCUUAAUUUCUUCCUCCUCUCAGCCUCUCCUCUUACUCUUCCUCCUUCGUCUCGCAGUGCUCUUCUCACUCCCAUGUCCGGGUCGCGGGCUUGUUCCCCUCUCCCUCUCAAUCGCGUCCCACCGGGAAUCCUCACCGUCCGUGAUCCUCGGCGAGGCCUACUCUCUUUCUUCGUCUUCAGUCUCUCCUCUCCUUCCCCUUCGUUCGCUCUACCACCACCUCCGUCGCUGCUCCAGACCUCCAGACUUCCUCCUCCGCCCCUGUCACGCUUUCGGAGUUUUUGGAAAACACCGAGGAAGGGUUCCCGUGGAACUUUUUUGGAUCAGUGCUGUCGCGGCUGUCCGACGAGCCGGUAUAUACGUUUCACCGUCGUCAUCGCCACGGCAGUUCGUGCGAACGUUUCCACGCUUCGGUCGCUUUCCGUUCUCGGUUCCUGAAUUUCCCGCCCGUCCAAAAUCUGCCGGAAAUCCGCGCGAUAUCAUACGUUUUAUCAGAGAGUUGGCGGCUGAAUCGACUUUGACGGCAACGACAACAGCUAUGAUAACGCGCUUGAAGCCCGGAUUCGACUGGAAGAUGCUGCUGUCCGGAGCGUGGUUCGAGACGAUCGCGGCGGCGCUACUCGCGAUCCUGGUGCUGGCCACCGGUUACAGGCCACCUUGGUGGUUCUGGACCAGAAACUACAACGCGAACGUCGACGCGGGCGACAAUGGCAGAAAAUUCAAGACGGCGCGCGAUGUACCAGGUCCAUUCGCCUUGCCGAUUCUCGGCACUAGGUGGAUAUAUUCCCGCUUCGGUUAUUACAGCUUGAACAAGAUUCACGAAGCGUAUAAAGAUCUGAAUCGGCGAUACGGGUCGUUGUGCAAGGAGGAGGCACUGUGGAAUUGCCUCGUGGUGUCCGUGUUUGCCCGUCGUGACAUCGAGGCUAUCCUGAAACGGGGCUCACGAUACCCGCUUCGUCCUCCGCAGGAGGUCAUAUCCCACUACCGGCGCUCCCGGCGCGAUCGUUACACCAACCUUGGUCUGGUCAAUGAGCAAGGAGCAACCUGGCAAAAGCUUCGCGCCGCCUUAACGCCGGAACUCACCAGAGCCGGUACCGUAUUCGGUUUCUUCCCGGCACUCAACAUAGUCACCGACGGAUUCAUCGACCUAAUCCGCAAGCGAAGAGCGGAUUUUACCGUGAAAGGCUUCGAGGAACUCGCUUACAGAAUGGGUCUCGAGAGUACAUGCACGUUGAUCUUGGGACGUCACUUAGGCUUCCUAAAACCAAAUUCCAGCAGUACACUCACAACGAGACUAGCAGAAGCGGUCAGGAUUCACUUUACGGCCUUGCGCGACGCUUUUUACGGCCUGCCUCUUUGGAAGCUGCUACCAACAUCCGCAUAUAAGCAGCUAAUAGAGAGCGAGGACACUAUAUACAACAUUAUCUCGGAACUCGUGGAGGCGACCGUGUUGGAGAAGCAAGAUGACGCCAGAGAUGAAUCCGUCGAGGCGGUAUUCCUGUCUAUUUUGCGGCAGAAAGAUCUCGACAUGAGAGAUAAGAAGGCCGCCAUAGUGGAUUUCAUAGCGGCGGGGAUACACACACUAGGCAACACGCUGGUGUUUCUUUUCAACUUGAUCGGCCGUAAUCCCGAAGUGCAGGAAACCCUUUACGAGGAGGCGCAGUCUCUGGCGCCUCCUGGUUGCGAUCUCACGGUGGAUGAUCUCCGAAAAGCGAAGUAUUUACGCGCCUGCAUCACAGAAUCCUUCAGAAUUAUGCCCACGACGCCUUGCAUAGCUCGCAUACUGGAUGAGCCUAUAGAACUGGAAGGAUACCGCCUCGAUCCCGGAACAGUAGUGUUGUUACAUACAUGGAUAGCAGGAUUGAACGACGACAAUUUCAAAGACGCAUCCAAGUGCCUGCCGGAGAGAUGGUUGAAACCUAUGUCACCUCACUCGCCCUUACUGGUAGCACCUUUCGGCGCCGGUAGAAGAAUAUGUCCGGGAAAACGUUUCGUGGAGCUUGCGCUACAGCUUAUUCUGGCAAAGAUCGUUCGAGAAUUCGAGAUCGUCGUCGAGGAAGAGCUUGGUUUGCAGUUUGAAUUUAUCCUGGCGCCGCAAAGUCCUGUAUCCCUCGGAUUCCGGGACCGUAUAUCGAGGGCCGAGAUGACCUGAACGAAUUUAUUCGCUUUUUCAUCGGCGAAUUUUUAUCGAACAAUGAAUGUUAAUUAAUGAACAAAUGGUUAGUUCGAUUGUCAGCGGAGUUUUGCACGUGUUUCGCUCCCUUCGUGUUCGGUUUCCGGGUCGGCGCUCUUCGUUUUUUCAUCGAUUGAUUUCCGAGUGUUAGAUUUUAUGUUUAUAUAUUAUUUAUAAGAUUCUUUUUAAUUCGUUGAAAAGGAGCUCCGUUCGUACAUCGAGGGAUGAGGGAAGGGGAGAAGUAUUUGUCGUUAUUCUUAUAUACUUAAUAUUAUAAUAUUUAUAUUUAGUUGUAAGGAAAAUGUGUAUAUGUGUAAACAAUCGGGAUCUUCUUACCUUUUAAGACAUUGACGCAUAUUGCAUGCUAUGCCCCGGAUCAUGUGUCACUCUUUUUCUCUUUCUUAUCAUGUGCUAUAAUAUGAAAUUUAUAGUCAAAACUUUUGCCAUGUCGGGCAAAGCGUUAUUUCGUACUCGUAAUAUAAAUUAUUGAAAUUAAUAAAAUUGUAAAUUAAUUUAAAAAAAAAGAAAAAUGAGGAUGGGGGAGGCGGCAAUGCGAAUGCAAAUGUGCCCGCAGGUUUCUUAGUCACCCCAUUUAGUUUUAUCCACGAUAACUACAAUUAUAAUUAAUCAAAUAGUCAUUGUACAUAUAUACAUAAACACACGCGUAAAAAAAAAUGUUGAUCUCGUAUUCGUUGCAUAAAAAAUUAUAUAUACGCUCUAAUGUUCAUUUAAUGUGAUUUAAUAUAAUGUGAUGUUUAUUUGAAUUUUCUUAUCAAAGCUCGCCAGAGUGUCAUUUCGUACAGUUGUCGAGAUCAAUUGUUGGGGUGAUCGAGUUACCUCGCAUCGUAAAAUCACGAGAUAGAUCAUACGCCCAUUUUACACAUAUUACACUUUGUCAACAGCGUAGAGAAAAAAAGCGGCACAUUUAAUUAUAUAAUUUAUAAUUAUUUAUUUUUUUUCUCUGAGCUGCGCGCGUGUAUUUUCCGUUUACGAUAGAAAUAAGACGAUCCCGAUAUGUUGCCUAUCGAUUGCGCGCACCGAUUGACUAGCUAUGGCUAAAUGUUAUAUUUACGUUACGUACGAAAGAUUUAUAUGCAACGUAAUCCGUUGACUAUCGAAAAAAAUUCAUUUUUUUCGAAUUAUUACGCUUUUUAAAAAGCGUCGGUGCCGAAAAUUAUAUCAUACUUAUUGGAGAGUGAUCUCAUUAAACAUCUGUGUUGGUUUUUUCAAUUUGAAAAUGGAUCGUUGUUGAAAAUGAUCGUUGAUUUAUAUCCUUGUACAUAAAAUAUGUAGAUAUUUCUUGUUGAAAAUAUAAUGCGUAAAAAAGAAAUAUAUAUAUAUAUAAAAUUGUGCAAUAU